AUGUAUUCCAUCUUCCAAGAUCCACGACUGCACCAGAACACUCGCCGUCGCCAAGACCGGCAAAACUUCUUUCCAUCCUUCUCGGACUCGCUCUUCGUCGAUCCCUUCUUCCAGAACAACGCCGAGGAUGAGUCAGUCCAGCCCCAAUAUGGCACUCCAAGCUCUUACAAGCAGCGACAGCUCAGAGAGCAAAAACUGCGGGAGCAGCAAUUGGCACAGCAGCGCGAGAAUCAGCGACAGGAAGCUGCUUUGAAACGGCAGCAACUGCAGCAAGGGCGACAACAACGACAACAGUAUCAGGAUGAUGUCGAUGAAGAAGAGGAAAGGGGGGAGGAUGAGGAGGAAAAGGAGGAAGAGGAUGAAGAGGAUGAAGAGGACCAGCCCGAGGAGCUUGAGUCCAAAGACCAUCGCCAUCGUCAUCAGCAUUCUCAGCAGAAUCCACAGCAGCAGAACAAGCACCAGCAACAGCAAAAGCACCAGCAUCAGCGUCGCCAUCAGCAGCAGCAAGCACAAGCACAGCCACAACAGCAGCGCCAGCAGCAGCAAGCACAAGCACAGCCACAACAGCAGCGGCAGCGGCAGCAACCACAAAAACAGUAUCAACAGCAAUCAACACAGGAACAACAGCAAUUGCGUCUUGGUCAGCAACAUGCGCACGGCUCCAAGAGGAGCGGUAGACGCCGCCGAAAAAGCGAGACACAGGCUGCUCACCAAGUCCCAUCAUCCCAAGUUCAUGCCCCAGCUCAAACAGAGGCUGCAGCCCCUGAGGACGAUGACAUGGAGUCGCUGGUUGAGGCCGCAUUUGGCGACCUGGCCUCUGAACCCGAGAAGCCUAUGGAUAUUGAACCUGCCUCCACAGUUCCGACAUUCAGGCAGCCUUCUUCAAGGUCCACGCACGAACCCACCGAGUCAAGCGAGUCGCAAGAAGCAGAGGGACAAGGAGAACACGACGAGACCGAGGUAUCUGAAGAGGAGGCCCUACCUGUGUACCCCGAGCUGCUGCAAAAGAGCGAGCAAGAACUCUCAGAGAUCGAAGUCAAUCUUGGAGAGUUGUCUCAGGAGCUGGAUCAGAUUGUCACAGGCAAGAUUUCGAACAGGAAGAAGGUCCUGAUGACGGAGGAGAAUCUGAUCAAGGCAAUGCUGAAAAUUGACGCUGUCGAGAGUGGUGGCAAUGGCUCAAUCCGCAAGAGGCGUAAGGAGCUGAUCGGCCGCGUGGAACAGCUGCUGGCCAAGGUCGAUGACUUCAAGCGCAGGGCCAUGACGGUUGCGAAGUAG